AUGCAAAAGUCCUUGACUUACUCUCUAGAUCCUAUCAGAGGUAGUCUUAAUAAAAUCACUGACUAUGCUGGAAGACUGAAGAGACCUACACUGGACAGAAUGUUCGCUUCGACGUCACAAAGAAAUGAUGAUGGUUUGCGGGCGUCUUAUAAUAUCUCGUUACUUAUAGCAAAAUCCGGAAAACCGCAUACUAUCGGAGAGAAGUUAAUUUUGCCUGCCGUUGAAGAGGUUUUAAAAACUGUUUUACACAAACCUGCAUCUGAUAUCAUUAAAAGAAUUCCCUUAAGCAACAAUACUGUUGAAAGACGUAUUGAUGAAAUGAGUUCUGAUAUUGAAAGCUUCUUAUGUAAUUAUUUGCAAACGACCCAUUUCUCUAUACGACUGGACGAGUCAACUUUACCUGAUAAUGCAGCAGUAUUAUUGGCAUAUGUUCGUUUCAUUAUGAAUCAAGAAAUCUACGAAGAACUGCUCUUCGCAAGAACUUGGAUAACCGACACUAAAGGUGAAUCAAUAUUUCAUGUUUUGAAGGAUUACUUCAUUGAAAAAGCAAUUCCUUUAUCAAAUAUAAUAUCAAUAGCUACAGAUGGAGCACCUGCCAUGCGUUUCUUGCCAGAGUUGAAACGAAUGAAGCAAAAUUUUGGACGGGGCGAAUUUUCUCAGUUCCCCAAUUUGUCACAGACAAGCUGCCAGGAAGACGACGUUUCAACUUACGUUCAACAUUUAAAUGCCCUCUAUUCAGAUUUUAAAUCUAGGUUUGAGGAUUUUUUGACUAUGGUAAUACCACCGUGGAUAAUUAAUCCAUAUGGUGACAUAGAAGAAACGAAUAUCAUAAUACAAGAGGAACUGACUGAACUAAGUACAAACGAAGAACUUAAGGUUCAGUUUAAAAACGGAUAUCAGCAAUUCUGGCUGCAAAACAACAUACCCGUUACUUAUUCCGUAUUAUGGAAUAUAGCGAGGAAAUUUUUAAUUUCCUUUCCAUCGUCAUACCUAGUGGAAAGGGGGUUCAGCGCUGUUACCAAUCUCCUAACGAAAAAAGAAACAGACUGGACAUCAUUAGCCGAGGAGAUUUCAGAUUAUCCCUUACAAAAUUGA